AGACUCCAAUUGAAUAUAACGGCGCUUCCGAACGAAAAUUUAUCGCGUCGCUUUGCCUCGCUUUCUUUGAGUUACUUAUUGUUUAGUUAAAAAAAAAAGGUAAGGAUUUCGAAAAAGGCAGCAAAUUAUUAAGAAGUGAACGUACACAUGACAUCAACGAUGGCGUCUUCGGCACUGGAGAUGUUUUUUGAUCUGGAACGCUGCAUGGAGAUUCUCGUCGAUGGCACUGUUGAAGAGGAAUUUCUACGAUUCCUGCGCAUGUUUGAGGAGUAUCAUGACAAAUGUACUGGCUAUGCCGCCGAAACUGCAAGGAUUCAGAAAGAGCUGGACCAAUCGUUGGCCAAAAUGGGUGAUUUAGAAGGAAAACUGUUCCACGCUCGCCGCAUUAUCGAUGUGGAGACCAAAGCGCGCCGUCGAGCCGAGCAUGAGCGGGAUGCCAUGGAGAACAAAAUUGUGGCUGUGGCGGAUUUACUAAGAAACGAGCGUAAUCUAAACAAUGAGACGCGUGACAAAUUGGCCUAUUUGAAUACAUUGCCAUCGUCGCGCAAGCGCAAAUCGAUGAACACGCUUCUUGAGGACAAAUCCUAUGGCGAAAUCAACUCAACUGGUUCGCUAUUGUCGGAUUUAUCCAUUACGCAAUCAGAGGAUGAUUUUCUGGAUGUACGUCGUUCGAAGUCCUGGAGAGAGCAUCGACCAUCGUUGCCCAAAAAUCAAGUACCCUGCGUGGGCACCAAGAAAUCGCGCCUGAGUUCGGGUCUAAAUACCAGUCAGCAGGGUGGUACAGCAACUCCUGGCACACGUCGUUCUGUUAUCGGAGUGGAUCAGCAUACGCUGAAUGUGGAUGGUGGUCAGGGCGCAGAGCGCUUUUGUGCCACCACCAAGGUGACCAUACCCCAAGAUGGACAGGGUAUAAUACGCGCCGAAUCCACCAUUGAGACCUUACCAGUUAUUGCUAGUUCUGGAGAUGGCCUAACCUCUACGCCACGAAGAUCAGCAGGAUUCAAGGAGACCGCUGCGACUGCAACUCCAGUGAAUGCUAUGGCUGGAUCUCCAGCACAGCAUCGUCCUCCACUGAUGAGAAGGCACACAUUCAGUCAGAAGACAUUCUUGCGCUCCGACAAUUGCGUUCAAUGCCAGAAGCGUAUACGCUUCGGAGCCGUCGGUUUGCGUUGCCGGGACUGUCCAGUGCGUUGUCACAUCGAUUGCAAACCAUUGCUAACUGUCAGCUGUAUACCCCAGUCUGGAACGCCUUCGGCCAAACAUAUGACUGGUUAUAUAAGUGACUUUGCUCCGUCCAUUUCCCCCAUGGUGCCAGCCUUGAUUGUCCAUUGUGUGAAUGAGAUUGAGGCUCGUGGCCUCACCGAAGUGGGUCUCUAUCGCAUAUCCUCGUCGGAGCGAGAGUAUAAGGCCCUUAAAGAAAAACUAUUACGUGGCAAGGCCACACCACAUCUGGGUAACAUCGAUGUCCAUGUCUUGUGUUGUUGUAUUAAGGAUUUCUUGCGCUCGCUGCGUGAACCCUUGAUUCCAACCAGCCAGUGGAAGGAUUUCGCCAACGCUGUACAGCAACCGGACCCGAAAAUGUCUACAGAAGCCCUGUAUAAAGCAAUUGAUGAAUUGCCACAACCCAAUCGCGAUACCCUGGCCUUUUUGGCACUCCAUUUGCAGCGCAUUGCCCAAUGCCCUGUCGUCCUGAUGCCCAUCGAUAAUAUCUCCCUAAUCUUUGGACCCACUAUUGUGGGUUAUUCGACACCCGAUCCAGAUCAACAUGCCAUCUACACUGAAGUUUUUACUCAAAAGCAAGUAAUGAAGACCCUGCUGGAAGUUUCUACCCUGCAUUGGGAGAAAUACUUGGCCAUGGAAUCAAAUACCUCAAAUUCACAUAGUGUAAAAGAUCUGUUUGCCCAUUAUGCCACACCAAUUAAGGGCACCAUAAAGAAGCGUAAAUUCUAUCACAAUUCGCCAUCAUCGGCCCAAAAGAAAUAACCAUGCUUUACUUAAUUAAUUACAAAUUUACUUUAAAGUAUUUCUAACAAUUUUUCAAUCACAUCCGCACAGAUUGUUUUAUUUUCGGAAUAAAUAAAACAUAAGUUCUAUAUGUAUAAUAUAUAUUUUUUGUAUGAAGUUAUUACUAUUAAUAAUAAUAAAAUGAAAACUGAAGCACAA